AAAUCAAACUAAGGUAAAUAGAGAUAAUAAUAAUAAUGCCGCCAAAAAAAACAAGUGGAUCAAAAUCAGGAAAGUCAACAAAAAAUAAUGAUGAAAGCGAUAAAGGAAAAAGUGAAAAAAAAGGAGGCACCUCUGUAAAGGUUAGACAUAUUUUGUGUGAAAAGCAAUCAAAAAUUAUCGAAGCUUUGGAAAAAUUAAAAGCUGGACAAAAAUUUAAUGAAAUAGCUGCUACUUACAGUGAAGAUAAGGCUCGUUCAGGAGGAGAUCUUGGAUGGAUGACUAGAGGAUCGAUGGUUGGCCCAUUUCAAGAUGCAGCUUUCGCUUUACCUGUAUCUACUCUAGCCAAUCCAGUGUACACUGAUCCUCCAGUUAAAACAAAAUUUGGUUACCACAUAAUAAUGAUAGAAGGAAAAAAAUAAUUUUUAUAUAUAAUGAGUAUACAUUAUUAACAAUAAUUUUUGUAAAUAUAUUUUUAUUGCUACAAUAAAUCGUUUUUAUUAAAAAGGAAAAAAAAA